CGCAGACCAGAGACGAGAGAAGAGAAAGUCUUCACCUUUCGCUUACCAUUUGCAGGUAAAGCCAAAUUCGAUCCCGCCAUUCUGGUCGAGAAGCUUUCAAAACGGAUACCUUUUGCUUAAGAAGCUUUUUGGGGAGUUAAGAAUGGCGCCGAAUCAGCUCGCUGCCGCCGGCGACAGCACUCUUCAGGCUAUUUGCUACAAGCGCGGCUCCCUCCAGCUCCUUGACCAGCGAAAGCUACCUCUGGAGACCAUUUACUUGGAUAUCAAAGACUCGACUGAUGGAUGGUCAGCCAUACGAGAUAUGGUGGUAAGAGGGGCGCCUGCUAUUGCCAUUGCAGCAGCUCUCUCACUUGCAGUGGAAGUGUCUAACUUAGUGGGGUUUACAGGGACGCCAGUCGAAGCUGCUGCUUUCCUCUCUGAGAAAUUGGGAUAUCUUGUUUCGAGCCGCCCAACUGCAGUGAAUCUGUCGGAUGCUGCGACCAAGCUGGAGGAAGUGAUAGGGAAGGCUGCAGCAGCUGCAUCUGAAGCUAGCAAUGUAUUUCAGGCUUACAUUGAAGCUGCUGAAGUCAUGCUUGAAGAAGACGUUGCUUUGAACAAAGCGAUUGGGUCAUAUGGAGCACAGUUCAUUCGGAACCAUUUGAAAGGCUGCAAGAGCUUUUCUGUUCUGACUCACUGCAACACUGGCAGUCUUGCUACCGCUGGAUAUGGCACUGCUCUGGGCGUCAUUCGUGCACUUCAUUCAGGCGGAGUGUUGGAAAGAGCUUACUGCACUGAGACACGGCCAUUUAAUCAAGGAUCUAGGCUCACAGCUUUUGAGCUGGUGCAUGAAAAAAUACCUGCUACUCUUAUAGCUGACUCGGCUGCAGCUGCAUUGAUGAAAGAAGGCCGAGUUAGCGCCAUUAUUGUUGGAGCAGAUAGAGUCGCAGCAAAUGGAGACACUGCCAACAAGAUUGGAACCUACAGCCUAGCUCUUUGUGCCAUGCACCAUAAAAUCCCUUUCUACGUCGCAGCACCAGUUACAUCGAUCGACCUGUCCCUAGGUUCAGGGAAGCAAAUCGUCAUAGAGGAAAGAUCUCCAAAGGAACUGCUGAAAUCACGUGGAGGACUCGGGGAGCAAGUUGCUGCCUCUGGUAUCUCGGUCUGGAACCCCGCUUUCGAUGUCACCCCUGCAAGCUUGAUCGCUGGGAUCAUAACCGAGAAGGGUGUCAUCACGAAGGCAGACAGCGAUGCAUUCGACAUAAAAGCUUUCGUGGCAACUCUGGCAAGCAACAUAUAAUGCAGCUGUUCUAAUACGCGGGGAGCCUAGUCAGUAAUCAUUGACUGUGUGUAAUAACAUCACCAUCAGCGAGAUUCCUGUUGAUGUGAAAAUCUAUGCAGAUUUGAUUGAGAUUAUUGUUAUUGAAAUGAGUCAAUUCAUUAGAGAAAUAAUCUUUUUAGCGACGAGUUUGCAUGGGGAAGUUCUCGUUCGAGUUUGCGUUCUUCCCUGUAAUUUGCUCCUACUGCGAAACGGUUGAUCAAACCUUUGUGUAUUCUUAGCUAUUAUAGUCCAAGCUCCUCCAAUUAAAAAUCUAAUUUCAAUUCAAUUUAGAGGAAGCUAAUGUAAUUUCCUAGUUUUAGCUCCUCGCUUUUAAAUCAUGAAUUUGUUCGCGUGAUAGUUCGUGUCGCAAGCUUUGCCUUUGUAAAAUGAGGGGACAGAGAGUAUCAUCAGGCGCGAGAUUAUUACAUCCAGAAUGUUAGCACCUGACGAUAAACUUUUUUUCUUCUUUUGAAGAUAAGUUCAGAGAACAUUACCAAACUCUUGAGAGGAUAAUGCACAUGUGUUUUUUCAUAGUUGCAUCUAAAAUAUUCCCACGAGCAAGCGAACAUUACCAAAUGUCGAAAGUCCAAUGUUAUCACCAAGUUUUCUUUUCUGUUUUUUGUACAUGAAUCCAAUCUUAUGAUCUAAAAGUUUGAUUAGGAGAAUGUCAAUGAGCAUAUAUAUAUAUGGUAGGAAAAGUUUCAGCCCCUCAUUAAUUAUCAACUUGUGUAUCUAUAAUGUCAAUGAGCAUAUAUAUAUAUGUGGUAGGAAAAGUUUCAGCUCCUCAUUAAUUAUCAACUUGUGUAUCUAUUAUCCAUCACUGUUAAAACCCAAUAUCUCCAAGUUUGUUCUUCUAGAUAAACAAGCAUGAGACAAUUCGAAUCGGUUCCCCACUUGCAUAGCCAAAAUAGUAGUUACUUUCAAGAGAGAAAAGAUGAGAAUAAAAUCAAAUCGAUCUCAUGGCAAUUUUCUAUCUCCAUACAUUAUACUACUAGCUAGGUCAAUCGAUUUCCUUGAUGUUGUUUUUGAUAUGGGGGCAAGUAAAAGAGUUUGUAGAUAGGCAGGGCUAGACCAUCCAAUUAAUCACAUGUUCAUGAAUAGAAAUGUAGUUCAAUUUUUGUUUAAAACAUGAAAAUUAUGAGUAUAGCAUCAUUAUUUCAAAUGUAAUAUCUCUUUAGCCCCGUUUGAAAUAAAAUUAUCCAAUAACUCUUUCAAUUUUUGUAUUCCUCCGUAUGAUCAUUUUUCGUUCGUCAUCGUCUCAAUCCGUUAAGGCAUCUGGUUAAGUUCCGCAUAAUUAUGCAAUGGGAUGCUGCUAUUUCUAAGAAGACAGACAAGGACAGUUUUUAUGUCAUUUUAGAACACAAAUAGGACUUCAACGAUCAAUAUUCAUGCAUCUUUCAUAUAUAUAUAUAUGUAUAUAUAUAUAUAUGAAAAUAUUGACCAAUAUCUAGUACUAAUUAUCUCUAAUUAACAUACUUAAACUCAUUAUCAUAACCUUAAUCAAUUAAUCAUAGACCACGAAAUCAAUCUACAACAUACGUUGGAUUCACUAACAAAAUUAGCGUGGAAAGCCCUUGAAGGUCUCUUCGCACAUCCUAUUGGCUGCCUCCUGUAAACUAGGGCUGGCUAUUUGGUCCCGGACUAUUUGGUUUUACCUGAAACCGGACCGUAUAACCCGGACUGGGACCGGAUAGCAAACAAUGCAAUCUCAUAUUCGGGCUUAGAUUUGAGGUAAAAAAACCCGGAUAAAGACCGGAUAAGAGACCCCCAACACCUAAAAUCAAGAUAAAAUUGGGAC